CGGAAAAAAACACACGGCUGAGGCAUUCGGAGGGUGAGCAGGGCACGGAGACGGCACAGGCGACCCGGGUGCCAACAUGGACAGGCGGACACUCGCUCUGCUCUGGGCUUUCAUCCUCCCAGCAGCCCUGGGCGUGAACAUGGAAGAGCGGCUCAUCAAGUACCUCUUUGAGGAGAAAGGCUACAACAAGAACCUGCGUCCUGUAGAAUCCAAGGACGAAAGCGUCACUGUCUCCCUGGCAUUGACCCUCUCCAAUCUCGUCUCCCUGAAAGAGGCCGACGAAACUCUCACCAGCAAUGUCUGGAUUGAGCAUGGGUGGAUGGACUACCGGCUGAAAUGGAACGAGACAGAAUUUGGCGGCAUCAGUGUGCUCCGCCUGCCGCCGGACAUGCUGUGGCUGCCUCAGAUUGUCCUGGAGAACAACAACGACGGGACCUUUGAGGCCACCUACUACGCCAACAUCCUCCUCUCCUCGGACGGCGGCGUCUACUGGCUGCCGCCCACCAUCUUCCGCAGCGCCUGCCCCAUCAACGUCAACUACUUCCCCUUCGACUGGCAGAACUGCACCUUGAAGUUCACCUCUCUGAUGUACAGCGCCAACGAGAUCAACAUGGAACUCAUGUCGAAGAAAGACGAAGAGACCGAGAAUUGGUACGUGGUGCAGUGGAUCAUCAUUGACCCAGAAGGAUUCACCGAGAAUGGCGAAUGGGAGAUCAUUCACAGGCCAGCCCGCAAAAACACUGACCCGUGUGUCCCUCGCAACAGCAACAAGCACCAGGACAUCACCUUUUACCUCAUCAUCAAGCGCAAGCCGCUUUUCUACAUCAUCAACAUUGUCACCCCCUGCAUCCUCAUCGCCUUCAUGAUCAUCCUGAUUUUCUACUUGCCUGCUGACUGUGGGGAGAAGGUGACCCUGGCCAUCUCCAUCCUGCUGGCUCAGUCUGUCUUCUUGCUGCUGAUCUCCCAGCGUCUCCCAGCCACCUCCUUAGCCAUCCCUCUCAUUGGCAAGUACCUGCUUUUCGUCAUGCUACUUGUGACUGCCGUGGGGGUAGCCACCGUCACAGAGCUCAACAUCCAUUUCCGCACCCCCAGCACCCACCUCCUGACCGACUGGACCAAAGAGUUUUUCCUGGAGACCCUCCCUCGCCUCCUUCGCAUGUCCAAACCGGCCGAGAGCGAGCCCGAGCGUGGCCUGCUGAUCCGGCGAUGCAGCUCGGUGGGCUACAUCGCCAAGGCGGAGGAGUACUUCACUGUCAAGUCCCGCAGCGAGCUGAUGUUCGAGAAGCAGUCGGAGAGGCACGGCUUGGCGAGCCGCACCACUCCUGCCAGGCCAAACCCCCACGGGGUGGAGGGCACGCAGGAACAGCUCUACAAUGAGAUCAAGCCUGCGAUCACGGGAGCCAACUUCAUCGUGAAGCACACGCGAGACAAGAAUGACUACAAUGAGGAGAUAGACAACUGGAACAGCAUUGCCCGCACGGUGGACCGCCUUUGCUUCUUCCUGGUCAUGCCCGUUCUGAGCCUGGGCACUUUGUGGAUCUUCCUGAACGGGUCCUACAACCACCCUCCCCCCUUGCCCUUUGAAGGGGACCCCUAUGACUACAACGAAGCAAACAAGAAUUAUAUCUAGACCCGGAGGGGAAGCUUGAUCCCCGCCUCCCCAGAUUCAGAGGGCCUUGACUCAGUUUGAGAGCCAGUCUUCUUCUCUUCCUCUUACCUGUGAAAUGGGACGCGGCCGGUACUAAUUCACGCUCGCCCCACAAGCCAGUUGGCAUGUUGCAAUCUCUUAAAUGGUUUCUGCUUUUCUGCCUUGUCCCUUGUGGUGCAAUAAAAGCUAUGUUUCCCAAGUGCUGACUCCGAAACUACAGGGAGAACAUGUUUGAAGAAUCCUGGAUAGCAAGGGGGAAAGUUUGACGUAACCUUUCUUAGGCAAUGUGCCUCCCUGUGAGGAAAACCAUCCUUACUACGUUCCAUUAAAAAAAACGUAUCUCUUUCCAUCACUGGUAAAUUCUUGCAUGUGACAGAGAAAUAUUAUAAGCUGCCUUAUGUCGAGUCAGAUAUCCUCGGCCCAUCUAGCCUAAUAUUGUCUACACUGACUGGCAGCAGCUCUUCAGGGUUUCAGGGGAGGGGGCAUUCCCAGCCCUGCGUUGGGAUGCCAAGGAUUGAAUCUGGGGCCUUCUGCAUGAAAAGCAGGUGCUAUAUGACCACCAGCCUCUCUCUCUUUUUUAAAAAAAUGUCAUUUAGUUUGAACUAUGGAAAAGCCAGCCAUGCAAAGCUCCUAUUGGGCAAUGCCUGUGCCUUCACCAACACCACUUCCUGAUGCAGUUUUGCAACAUCCUGCAGUCCAAUACGCACUUACCUGGGAGUAAAGGUGUUUCCGGAUUAGGGAUGGACAAAUCUGAACAUGUCAGUUUCUCU